AUGUCAGUUCAUGAUGUUGAUUUUGGUGGCAUGAACUAUAGAGAAGUUGUGUUGUGGGUUUCAAAGCUGACAAGACGAAGCUAUGAUAAUUUAUACUAUUGUAGUAUUCAUGAAAGUUUGGCAGAGGAUAUUAGAAGAAUCGACAAUUAUGCUAAUUAUUUUGAGUUUAUUGAAGAUGGUUACAUGGUUAAGAACGAGCUAAGAAUGAAUGUUUACAUUGACCACCAAAACGAACCUAUUCUUGAUUGGACCGAUAAGGAGAUGUUAACAGGUGAUGUGGUGUAUGAGUUGGUAGAAAAUGAUUGA